ACAGUCAGCUGUAGAUUGAGUGGAAGUCGGUGGAGUCACAUAUUAAAUCACAGACUUCACUGCUCAUCUGAGGACUGUUACUUGACGUCCAGCUUUGCGUUUUGUUUUGUUUUUUGAGUUUUUUUUUUUUUUGUUGCCCAUCCUUUUUUUUUUUUUCUUCUUUUUUUUUUUUUUGCCGGUUUAUGUUGCUGCACAUUUUUAACGUGCAGCCACAGGUUGACCGAUUUAAACAAAGCACCAUGGACUAUUCCUCUUCAUCUCGUGUCGAUUGUCACUGACAGGAUCGAAAUGGGCACCAUCCUUAGAUUACUGAUGACAGAAGGAGAAAUAAACUGAUCAUAUCAAGUGAGCGGAGACGGAGGCAACAUCUGUGGGAAGCGACGCACAAUUUCGGCAGACAAGCGAGGACCUGUGGAGGAGCUGUAUGAAAGGAGGCGAAAGGAUGGUGGGAUGGCCGUGACAACAUGAAAAAGAAAAAGUGUGGUGGUCUAUUUUCAUCCAGCCAGUGAUUCAACACAACUAACCUGGGGGACAGGGACUGAGAGAGAAGAGGUAGGAGACAGGUGCGUGGCCACAGCCGUGACCAUGGAGCCUCCCCCCUCUCUAAGCUUGGCUCUGCUAGGAGGGAGCGAGGAUGAGGACCAACGCUUCCUCUUUCCCCUGGGCAUUAUAUCCCAUCCCUCCACCACUGGCAAUCAGCCAGGAUCAAACCACUCCAACCACAUGGGAGGAUCAAGCCUCGACCGUCUAAAUGGCAGCACCCCGUCCCCGUCCCCUGCCACGCCCAACUUACCUCCAACAUCGCUCCCCAAGUUACCCCUGUCCUCCUCUGGAGCCCAGCCUCUGCCCCCACCCAUCCCCAACGCCCUGCACCCCACCAGCACCCCACUGUCCUCCUGCUUGGGCUCGCAGCACAGCCUGAGCGGGGACAACUCCCCGGUCUACAACGCCCUCUUUUACUCCUCCCACUCACCCUCCAUGGAGCGGGAGAGGGACAGAGAGCGUGACAGGGACAGGGAGAGAGAGAGGGGCUGCAAACACAGACAGGCCAGCCCUCUGGUUCACCGUAGGGACAGUAACCCCUUCACGGAGAUCGCCAUGAGCUCCUGUAAGUACACAGGCGGGGUCAUGAAGCCCCUGAGCCGCCUCAGCGCCUCCCGCAGAAACCUCAUCGAAUCAGACAGCAGCAGUGAAACCAAAGAGGGUGGCGUUUCAGCUGUUGCCGGGGCAACGGCCGCUGGGGGGCAUGACAGACAGCGAGAAGCCCUACCUACCUCUUCGGUGGCCCAGUCCUCUACCAAUCAACCCCCAAUCCAGAGCCCUCCAGAGAUUGUGAUUUCAUCCAAAGAAGACUCGCCGUACCUCAGAGGAGGGUAUGACAUCACUGACUCCACAUCCAACCAGAUGUCCAUCUACCACCAGAACCACGCGCUGGUGGAGAGCAGGCGGGCGCAGCCGGGGAGGGGCAGCAGGCAAGGAGGGGUCGGGGCGGUGGGCACCGGGCCUAGGGGCAGCACCUCCAAGGCCCCUAAACGGAAGAACCAAAACAUUGGCUAUAAACUGGGGCAUCGCAGGGCAUUGUUCGAAAAGAGGAAGAGGCUGAGUGACUAUGCCCUCAUCUUCGGAAUGUUUGGCAUCGUCGUCAUGGUUAUUGAGACGGAGCUGUCAUGGGGCGUGUACACAAAGAGCUCCAUGUAUUCUCUGGCCCUGAAGUGUCUGAUCAGCCUGUCCACAGUCAUAUUGCUGGGCCUCAUCAUAGCCUACCAUGCACGGGAGGUUCAGCUGUUUGUCAUCGACAACGGAGCGGAUGACUGGCGCAUCGCCAUGACGAUGGAGAGGGUCCUGCUGAUUGCCCUGGAGCUGCUGGUGUCCGCGGUGCAUCCAGUGCCCGGGGACUUUAAGUUUCAGUGGCGGGCGCGGCUGGCCUUCUCGUAUGCGCCGUCGCAGGCCGAGGCCGACCUGGACAUGGUGUUGAGCGUGCCCAUGUUCCUGCGCCUUUACCUCAUCGCCAGAGUCAUGCUUCUGCACAGUAAACUCUUCACCGACGCCUCCUCCAGGAGUAUAGGUGCCCUAAAUAAGGUGCAUUUUAACACACGGUUUGUAAUGAAAACCCUCAUGACUAUCUGCCCUGGGACGGUGCUGCUGGUCUUCAGCAUCUCUCUGUGGAUCAUUGCUGCCUGGACCGUGCGAGUGUGUGAGAGGUACCACGAUGCCCAGGAUGUGACCAGUAACUUCCUGGGAGCCAUGUGGCUUAUCUCCAUCACUUUCUUGUCCAUCGGCUAUGGAGACAUGGUUCCUCACACCUACUGUGGCAAAGGAGUCUGUCUGCUCACAGGAAUCAUGGGUGCGGGCUGUACGGCUCUGGUGGUUGCCGUGGUAGCGAGGAAGCUGGAGCUGACCAAGGCCGAGAAACACGUACACAACUUCAUGAUGGACACGCAGCUCACCAAGCGGAUAAAGAAUGCGGCGGCUAACGUGCUGAGGGAGACCUGGCUCAUCUACAAACACACCAAGCUGAUGAAGAAGAUCGACCACUCCAGAGUCCGCAAACACCAGCGGAAGUUCCUCCAGGCUAUACAUCAAUUACGCAGUGUGAAAAUGGAGCAGAGGAAACUCAGUGAUCAGGCCAACACACUAGUGGACCUCUCAAAGAUGCAGAGUGUCAUGUAUGAGCUGAUGUCGGAGCUCAACGACCGCAGCGAAGACCUGGAGCGCCAGAUGCUGUCUCUGGAACAGCGGGUGGAGCAACUCACUGCCGGCUUCAACGCCCUCCCUGCCCACCUCUCAGCCACCCUCAGUGCCCAGCACGCUGCCCUGGUCCACCUGCUGCGAGAGAGGGAUGCAAGGGAUGGAAGAGGAGGAGGUGGAGGAGGUGCUGUGGUCCCACUGUCCCCAGCAGCUUCUUUAACCCCUGCCCCAGCUUCAGUUUCUUCAGUCCAGGUCACAGCUCCAGCACCACCCCCAGCCCAGGUCCCUACUUUGGCCUUGGAGUCCCCUCUCUCACCCCUACCACUGAGCCCAGAGGGGAGCCUGGAGGCUAGUCCCAACCCUAACACCUGCACCUCAAGCUGCUGAAGACAGCUCUGAGGACCAGGAGAGGACAAAUCUGGGGACAAAACAGGGAGAGAGAGAGAGAGAGGGGUGGUGGGAUUGUGUUAGUCCUCUCACUUCAGACUAAAGAAGAGGAAUGAGGGAGGAGGAGGAGAAAAAUGUGAGGUGAUCCUCUGAAACUAACGCGCCAUGAGGGACGGAUGAGGAUGGGACUAUGAGGAGAAAUAAUGGGAUUAAGAUGGAGGGCCAAUAUGAAUGAUGAGACAUGUUAGGGACUUUGGGGCGCUUUCAUUGACGAUGGGAAGGAGAAGAAAAAUGGAGAUAAAAUGGAGACUCUAAAAGGUGUGAGGGGGAGGAAGGAUGUCAAGAGGGUGAGAAAUGGAGGUAGAGAAGAUGAGGAGGGGGAAGGAGAGAGGAGGAGAAAUAACGAGGAAUAAUUAUAUGAACUCAGAGCUCCUAAAUGGAAUCCACUCCAAUUACUGAAAAAGGCCUUUUAUUCUCUGUAUCUCUCUCUCUUUCUCUCUUUCUCUCUGUCUUUCCUUUCCCCCCUUUCCCAAUCUCUCUCUCCCUUCAUCAGGAAUUAAUGACCAUGACUUUUUAUCCUUAUGAUGUAUUUUCUAUCUGAAUGCUAAUUGUGUGUUAACGAGCAUCCCUUUAACAGAAGGUUCGAUCAAUACGACCACGAUUAAAGAAAAAAAAAAACUAGUGGCAUGCACUGCACACACACACACACACACACACACACACACACACACGCACGCACACACACACACUUGCAAACAUAAAUUAUAUUGACUCAUCAUCCACGCAAUACAAGUUAACAUAGCACAAACAUAAAUACACAAUCUUUCACAAUGCAGGCCCUAUUUCCACUCACACAAAGAAAUUAAUGCACCAGCCCAUUAGAUAAUACUAAAGCCUAUACUGCCAAGCACUCAAUGCACUGUCAAUCUCCACAGAGCACUGCCAAGCAAUGUAGACGCACUGUAAAAAAUGUUCAUCCUAACGACUUUAUCGUUUGUGGGUGUGAGCUAAUGCAGUAGUUUAGACUUAGAAUAGUUGUGACAUUUUAACUACUCAGUUGGGAGAAUUGUUAACGGUUCACCGAACCACACAAAUCAAGCUGAAAGAAGAUGACAUGAUACUGAGGGACGUGAGUCAUCAUAACAUCUAUUUGUGAUGAAGAAGACAGAAGCAGACGAUAAAAUAACGUAACACGACUAUAACAGGAUAAAUUACUGCAUUUACUGAUUUACAGAUUAAGUUGAACUGAUGUUUAAGUGUACUUGUAGGUUUGCUGUACUGAAAUGAGACUUGAAAAGAGUUAAGAUUUUGUUUAAUUUCUGUGAACAUUUUUCAUGUAAUCCUCAGAAAAUGGACAAUUAAUAGUUGUAUCAAGUGCGUUGAACCUGGGAUGGUGGUUGGGUGAACGAUUAGAUUAUAACACGAGCAUUUAUUAAAUUGGCAUUUCAAUCUGGCUGAUUUAUUUUGAAGAUGGUAUUGCAACUACAACACGGAGCUUUGCACAAACUUAAUGCUCCACACUCAGUGAGUCUUCUCAUUAUAUGUUAUUAAAACAUUUACUAGAGUCUUUCUGCCCAGAGGCAGACCAAUAUAAAUCAAAACUUUACCCAUUAAUAAUAAGUGAUCUGCUUAGUCUUUUGCUUUCAUGUGGCUGAAGUCAGUGGAGUCAAAUUGAAUGACAUACUGUAUUCUCUAUUGUUUUCUGCCAUUUUCUGAAGAAAAAAUGUUAUAGUUACUAAAAUAUAGAUUUUUACACUAGUAAUUUAAUUGUCUUUAAAAUCCUACAAUGAUUUAACUGUGUGAUUAUAAGUUGAUGUGAUUAAUAUUUUUUCACAGUGUAUGGUUGUGUCUAUGACCCUGAAUGAUGGGAAGAAGACCUUACCUACUGCCAUCUUUUUUUUCAAGCUUGCAGUCCCAAAACUACUCACUGUUAUCAUGAAUGUAUUCUGUGUAAAGAAAUACACUCAAACACUCUUGCUUGCUCGACCACUUAAACUGCCAUGUAGACACAGGAACAGACACCCACACACACAUACACACAGAUAACACACACAAACACACACAAACACACACACACACACACACCCACACACACACACACACACACACACACACACAAACAGACACACACCUCGACAACCAAAGUGCUCUCUCUUAAAUGGACUUCAAUAAGAGGCAGGGAACGCUGCUGUCACUGGGGACAAAAGAUAGCAGGAGGCGUUGCAGAUAUCUUGACAAUAUUUCUGAGGGAAUAACUGUGAAAAUCUGGGCAUGGACUUGUUACAGUGCUGUACAUGGACUGCUCUUCACUGCUUUAAAACAGAUCAAGGUGGACUAAGGAGGAACACAAGGGAACACAAAUAAACCUUAUAAAGGAUAAAUGGCCAUGCAGGAACAGCUGUUCAUUAAAUAAAUAAAACAUAGAAAGAGAGGUAUAUCUGAGAGGAAUUACAAUGGUGUGAUGGGAAGAGAGACAAGCCUACCCUUGCAUUUGAGACAAUAUCGAAAACUGUCUUAUAGCGACACGCUGUGGCCGGAAUACUGAAUUACAUACGCUUGGAAUAUUGUACAGUAUGAUGUUAACGAAAUCUAGCUUUGUAUUGCUUAGUCUUUUCUACCAUUAUGAUUAAACGCAGUUAUAGCUGAUAUCUAAUAUUAUUAAACUAUAGUAUUCUUCUCAUUCGUCAUGACAAUUAUGAUAUAUGUAUUAACAAUAUGUUAAAUAAUUAUGAACAAGGAAAGUGCCGUUUGAGGUUGAAAUUAUUUUGUAAUUUUAUUUUAUCAGAGAGAAUUAAUAAAGUAUAUAUCUAUAACA